CGCAGGGACCCCCAGCACAGGCUCGGAUUGGGCCGCAGCAGGGCUCACACAGGGGGCGUUCCAGCUGGCAUUGGAGGGCCAGGGUGUAAAAGGGCAGCACGGUGAACCAUCGAGGAGUUGCUGUUUCGUGCUUCUCGCUGCGAGGCUGCUGUUUCGUUGGUGAUGGAGAGACCAGACGAGCUGCCGGCUGCCCCUUCACCUUUCUGGUCGCUGCUGGCGCUGCUGCGGCGGGAGCCCGGCAUGGAGUGGCUGCCGUGCGGGCCCGAUGGCUGCGCUGGAUCGGGCGGCACCGGGGGCCUGGAGGCUGGCAGCGGGGAAGGAGCAGGAGCAGAUAAGCUCAGCCGGGUUCCUGAGGAGAAUUCCUUGGGCCCUUGGCCCCUGAAGGCUCUGCUGCUACUGGAGGACUCGAGAGAGGGACACUUAUGGCAAAUCUACCAUGAAGGCCUGAAAAACUUUCUUGGCUUUAGAGAAAGCAUGUCUCUGUCUGCAGUCUGGCCAAUUCCAGUUGAACAAAUUAGAGAGUUUCUGGUCGCCAUGGAGUCCCAGGACCAGCCUCCCAUGAAAAUAAUAACAUAUGUGGAAGGACUGUCCUUCAUCUCCAGAAUGGUAAAUCAUCCCAAUCCUCUUUCAGAUCCUCGUCUCUGUCACAUGAUGUCAAGGCUGAAACGGAGGACUAGCCAUCCAAAUGAUGAAUACUCUCCUGUAACAAUUGAAGUGUUAAGAUCUCUCCUGGGCACUCUGGAGUCUGUGUGCAGCUGUCCUUAUGAGUGUCUGUUGUAUCGUGCCAUUUUUACUGUAGCUUUUUUUGGUGUGCUCCAUAUAGGAGACAUGGUGGCAAAUCACCCAAAUAUGGCACAGCCAGACCUCCUGUACUUGAGUGACCUCCGGCUGGCAGAAGGAAGUGCAACCCUUUUUCUGCAUCCAUCUCAUAUGGGCCAACAUAGGUGCUUGGUCCGGCUGAGACUACGCAAAGAGAUGUGGGUCUGUCCUGUUGAGGCGCUCCGUACCUACGUGAGAGCACGGCCGCCAGGGGAGGGCCCUCUCUUUGUGCACUCAGACAGCAGGGCUGUGACCAAGAGGGAGUUCCUCGCUGUCUUCCGCGCCGGCCUUCGCUUCGCUGGACUCCCUCCAAACCAGUAUGCAGUGCAUUCCUUCUGGCUGAGGAACCCUAACAGGAGCUUCUCAUGGGCAUUCCCACAAAGUGAUUAACAGAACGGCAAGGUGGUGGUGAAGAUUCUGAAAAAGACACACUUCUGUCUCUGAUGCACUUUCUCAGUAGAGGGAAUCUUCUCUAAUGCACAAAUUUUAUACUUCAUACAGGCUGAAUUUUCAGCUCUCUGUAAAGCUAGAGAGAACAGGAGGAACAAGUGGAAGGGACUUCACACCUGUGGUGGUUUUGAGAAUGAAAUAUCAUGGUUUUAAAACUGGGACUUGUGGGGCAGUGCACGUGGUAUUCAGCAUGUUUGUUCUAUUUGCACUUUUACCUUAUGUGUAAUGUGUAAUCUUACAUUAAAUGGUGUUUUCUUUCA